AUGGGCAAUGUAAUACAUCGAUCAUUGGCGGAAAGGGAUGUCAUAAGAAAACGAAAAAAUCAACGUAAUAAUUUAGAUUUUUCGCGUGAACCUGAUGUUGUUGCUACGCAAAAUAGCUGUGAAAGUGAUGAUUGGAAAGGUGAUUUUAUUGAAAGAUAUGAAGUAUGGAAUGAGACAUUUGAUGAACAACCACUGAUGAACACCAAUGAAGAUCCACCUGGUGCGCCCAAUAUGUAUUCAUCGAACCAUUCAAUUAUUCACAAUGAUUUAGCAAAUCAAAUAUGGAGAUUAUCUCAUCAGGCCAACAAUUCCUUUCAUCCAAUGAAUUCACUAUCAAGUACAUCAUCUUAUAACAUUCCAUACGUUUCUACUCAAAAGCUUCGUACUGAACUUCCUACAAUGAUUAGCAAUCAAUCGCAAAAUAUGAUGUUCAAUGAGCGUUUAUCGAAAAAAGAACAAUACGCUCUAAAAUCUUUGACAAAUACUCAAUCUUGUCGUCUAUCCAGCAGCACAACUGAUGAUAUGGCCUUGUCAACCAAAAAGAUAAAACCUGUAAGAUUAUCACAUCGCGCACCUGUACCCGAAACAAAAACAGUUGCGUCUAAUAUAUCAAUAGGAAAGCCUCCUGUUAAAAAAGCUAUUUAUCUAAGUAUAGAUCAUCGAGCAACGUUAGCAGAACGUUGUCAUACAGUCGCUAAUGAACAGCAUCGUAGAAACCUUGAACAUAAUUAUAUGAAUGGAUUGAAUUCAUCGACAAAUAGUUGCCAAACACAUCCUUACAUAACUCACCAGUAUCAAAAUGUAAAUGAUUCCUCUAAUAUGAACAUAUACGCCACAUCCAAUAAAUCAUUCGAUAUGUUACAAAACAAGUUAUCUAAUACAAAUCAUCGCAGAGAACAUUCUAGUUCAAUAAAUAGGUUGGCACAGGAUAUUGACGAAGCGUCAUUGAUUCAUAAUGAAAUUCCACAAUCAAGGCCUAAAAGUGAUCGUCGAGCACAAUCCUUGGCUAAUCGACGAAUAAGAUCAUCGAAAAGUCGUGAAAACCAUCAACAUAAUAAGCAAGAGCAUUUUGAAACUGUUUCAAAUGAAUUACAUUUACCUAAACAAUAUUCAAUACGUCGCAUCGAUAACAAAACUUCUAAUAUAUCUACAAAUCAUCGUCAAUAUCAAACAUAA